UUUCAUUUUCAGAACCUCCUUAUCACCUCUCUCUCUCUCUCUCUCUCUCUCUUCUAAUAUCCAAUGGAAGACCUCUCUCCUCUUCUUUGCUGACAAUCACAUAGUAUUCUAUACAAACUUUGCUAUCUUUGUGUAGCUUUUGCCAGCAUUGCAAGGCAGAGGAAUAUUGCAAACCACAUGGGGAGGCACUCUUGUUGUUUCAAGCAGAAACUAAGGAAAGGCCUUUGGUCUCCAGAGGAAGAUGAGAAGCUUAUAAACCACAUCACCAAGUAUGGCCAUGGUUGUUGGAGCUCUGUCCCUAAACUUGCAGGUUUGCAAAGGUGUGGGAAGAGUUGUAGAUUGAGGUGGAUAAACUACUUGAGGCCUGAUUUGAAAAGAGGGACAUUUUCACAGCAAGAAGAGAACCUCAUAAUUGAACUUCAUGCAGUUCUAGGCAACAGAUGGUCGCAGAUUGCAGCCCAAUUGCCCGGGAGGACCGACAACGAAAUCAAGAACCUGUGGAAUUCCUCAAUCAAGAAGAAGCUCAAGCAGAAAGGCAUUGACCCAAACACUCACAAACCACUUUCCAAUGCUGAGAGUGAAGAGAAAGCCUCUGGGGGAUCUAAAUCCAAUGAACUGACAAAUGUCGAGGCUGAGAAUUCGGACAAGGGAAUGGCAAUUCACAAGUCAAAAAGGGCUUCAGUGGCAACAGAAAACUACUUUGAAAACAACUGCAACAACAACAUGACAACACCCCCAUCAACAACCCAUGAAUUUUUCCUAGACAGGUUUGUUUCCUCCCAUGAGAGCUCCACAGCUGCUUGCAAAACAUCCGAUUUUCCAGCAUAUUUUCCCUUUCAGCAGCUGAAUUACGGGUCUGAUGCCAGACUUUCUGUCAACACAAACACACCCAAUAAUCUCUUUCUCAAUCCAAACACAACCACUCUUUUUUCUUCCAUGUCAAGCCCAACCAUCAAGCCUUCCAUUAGUCUUCCCUCAAGUACCCCAUCAAUGGGCUCUUUCGACAUCAAUGGGGUCCACAAUUGGAACACUGCUUCAUUCAGCAACAAUGGCAGUAGUAGCAGCAAUGGAAGCACCAACAGUUCUUCCUUCUUCGACAACAACGGUACCUUCUCGUGGGGACCGGAAAACUGUAUAAAAUCAGAGAAAGAAGGCGAAAUUCAUGCAAUAGAAGGCGACCCGGAAGAGAUCAAAUGGUCUGAAUAUCUCCAAACCCCAUAUUUAUUUGGGACCACAAUUCAAAACCAAACUGCUCAUCAAGAUAUAUACAGUACUGAGACCAAAACAGAAUCACACUUCAACGCACAAGGGUCUAGUACUAAUUGGCAACAACAAUCUUCACAAUCUGCAGAUUUAUAUAAUAAGAAUUUCCAGCGAAUCGCUGCAGCUUACGGGCAAUUUUCCUAAGUAUUUCCAUUUGGAGGAUUUCAGUUCAUAGGCAUUGGAAAAGAAAGAAAAAAAUUGCAGGUGUGUGAUAUAGAAUUUUCUUUGUUUUGUAAAUAGGUUCUUGUCGUACAGAGUUUCUCUUUUCUAUUUGUGAUAGAAACAUGGUUUUAUGCUCUUCAUCUUUUGUCUAUGGAACAUGGUAGAUUUACAGAAUAAAAGUAUUGUUUUCCAAUUUGUUUUCAUAUUUUUUAAUGCUUCCCCAGCUUGUAAUUUUAUAUGAAAUUUGAAGAAAAAAAUAAAUACUUAUGGGUUUUACUA